AUGCUACCCCAAGCGUUCCUCAGGGGAUUGCUAGCAGCUUUGCUAGUUAUACCUUUAACUACUCUGGCAUCUCGUACCCAAUGUACUGGGAAACAAUGCUGCAUCAAACGCGACUUUAUACCACGAGUCAACCGGAAUGUAUCCACAGAUAGUUCUCACAUUUUCAACAUACCCAGAGCCCUCAUAGAGCUGCCAAACGAUGAGUUGAAGCACCAUUUUGUUAGUAAAACGGUCAACGCUCUUUCGACAAGGAAGAAGAUUUAUGACGACGAAAACUCUUCUGGGGAUAGUACAGCGCUAUGGAGAUCGUUUAUGCGCAAUGGAAACUACCUUCAGACCCCUUUCCAAAUUGGACUUAAACAUCUUACGGGAUGUAAAUCUAUUGUGAUAAUCGGACAUGGUGGGAUCUGGGCUGGCCAUAUUUUUGAAGACAGUGGUAUGGAUCCAGCAAACAAGGCUUACGCUGAGAAGCUGAUGUCGUCCGGUGGUAAAAGGUUUGAUGUUUUCUCGAACCACGUUUCGGAAUUGAAUGAGUCUCCAAAAAGCGGCCCGGGGUAUCUUCCUGAAGUCUUCAUUAUCAAAACACGAGGGGGGUCACCAGUACCCUAUGACCCGAAGGCACCAAGGGACGAAAGAUCCUGA